CUGUAAGCCACCGAUAUGCGAUACCUAUCAAGGUACCUAGUUGCCGGUAGUUUCCACCCUAACCCCCACCGCUCGGUAUACGGGUUAGCCUUUAAAAGCUUAGAACGUAUAGGUAUGCACCCAAGAGGGACGCGAAGGGGUAGUGGAAGAAACACAAGUAGCGCCGCAGUCAUGUGCUAGAAAAUUUAUAAGAUAUCGGGCAGGUAGGACCGACAUUUAAGCUUCCAACAAUUCCUCACUUAAAAGAUUCUUGUACUCAUAAGACUUACAUCUUCAACACGUACACUCUAACAUACUCUUGUAGACCGGCGGACUACUUAUAAUAACCAUCUCCCGACUCGAUUAUACAUCACCAACACUAUUCCUCCUCAAAACUAUAUAGGAAACGAGGCUAGCAACAAUGAACACCUCCAUGGUCAAGUCCAAGUUUCUUUCCCACCCCGAGGACCUCGGCGUCGUAGCCGUUGGUUUCUCGGGUGGUCAGUGUAAACCUGGAGUCGAUGCCGCUCCUUCGGCUCUGAUCGAGUCUGGAUUACUUAGCCAGCUUCGAGACGAGCUCAACUAUAAGCUACAUGGCCACGACACCGUACACUCGUACACCGAUCUUGUCCCGAAAGAAGACCCUCCUUUCCGAAAUAUGAAGAACCCCAAGGCUGUAAGCAGCGUCACCCAGCGUCUCUGCGAUCAGGUCUACGAACAUUCCAAAGCAGGAAGAAUGGUUUUGACCCUAGGUGGCGACCAUUCCAUCGCAAUCGGCACUGUCGCCGGUUCAGCCAAGGCUACGCGGGAACGGCUCGGCCGUGAGAUCGCGGUUAUCUGGGUUGACGCACAUGCCGACAUUAACACGCCCGAGACGAGCGAUUCUGGUAACGUCCACGGGAUGCCCGUGAGCUUCGUGACCGGCCUUGCCAAGGAAGAAAAGCCCGAGUACUUUGGCUGGCUAAAGCCUGAGCAUCUCGUCAACGUGAAGAAGCUCGUAUAUAUCGGUCUGCGAGACGUAGAUGCGGGCGAGAAGCGGAUCCUUCGCGAGAACGGCAUCAAGGCAUUCAGCAUGUUCGAUGUAGAUCGAUAUGGUAUCGGUCGCGUCGUGGAGAUGGCGCUAACGCAUAUCGGUGAAGACACGCCAAUCCACUUAUCCUUCGACGUCGAUGCGCUCGACCCGAUGUGGGCACCCAGCACGGGAACGCCAGUCAGGGGAGGAUUAACGCUGCGCGAAGGAGACUACAUCUGCGAGAGCGUUCAUCUGACAGGAAGCCUCGUCGCCGUAGAUCUCGUUGAGGUCAAUCCGAGUUUGGCACCGGAAGUCGAACGGGGAGCUCACGAAACGGUUCGUGCAGGAUGUUCGCUGGUACGAUGCGCUCUGGGUGAAUCUUUACUAUAAAUUGAUUAAAACCGCGAAUACAAUUAGAAUCUAUUCACACCACAGCAGAAAUGAGUAUGCCGGUCCAUUAGGUAUGAUACUCGGAUCAUCAAGGCGGCGGUUUAGUAUAUAUACGGGAUACAUAUGUUAACACAUGGUCUGGGGAUUGGUUAAGCUAGACUAGACGGCGUCUACUCAUAGAAGAAAUGGGCAACACGCCUUAGCAAAGACGACGAAAUGAAACAUGAACUCCAACAUUGAAGUAUAUUGGUCGAUGGGUGACUUAAGUAGCUGAAGUGAAGUUAGGCAUCGAAUCAUCACAUAGAAGUAGAAUAAAACGUAUAAGGUCAG